GGUACUGCCUGCACCUACGCUCAUAAUAAUACGUUGAUUUCGAAACAGCAGGCCCUUGCAAUUCUUGAUUAAGCUAAGUAGGAACCGCUUUUCUUAUCGCUGUGGUUUUGUCAACUGCAAUGUCGAUGGCUGAUGAGCCUUUGUACCCAAUAGCAGUACUGAUAGAUGAGCUGAAGAAUGAUGAUAUCCAAUUGCGCUUAAAUUCUAUUAGAAGGCUGUCGACAAUUGCUCGUGCUCUCGGGGUGGAACGUACUCGGAAGGAGUUGAUUCCUUUCUUGAGUGAAAACAAUGAUGAUGAUGAUGAGGUUCUUCUUGCAAUGGCAGAGGAGUUAGGUGUGUUCAUUCCAUAUGUUGGAGGAGUGGAGUAUGCCAAUGUGUUGCUACCUCCUCUGGAAACCCUCUGCACUGUGGAGGAAACCUGUGUGAGGGAGAAAGCCGUGGAGUCUCUAUGCAGGAUUGGAUCACAGAUGAAGGAGACCCAUUUGGUUGAUUUUUUUGUACCACUGGUUAAGAGGCUGGCAGCUGGUGAAUGGUUCACUGCACGGGUAUCUGCUUGUGGACUGUUCCACAUUGCCUAUCCUAGUGCCCCAGAGACCUUGAAGGCAGAACUGAGAUCAGUGUAUAGUCAGUUAUGUCAAGAUGACAUGCCUAUGGUUAGAAGAUCUGCUGCUACAAACUUGGGGAAGUUUGCUGCUACUAUGGAACCUGCUCAUCUCAAAACUGACAUCAUGCAAAUAUUUGAGGAUCUUACGCAGGAUGACCAAGAUUCUGUACGUUUACUAGCMGUUGAGGGUUGUGCUGCUCUUGGAAAGUUGCUAGAGCCCCAGGACUGUGUUGCACAUAUUCUUCCUGUCAUUGUCAAUUUUUCUCAGGACAAGUCAUGGCGUGUUCGGUAUAUGGUAGCUAAUCAGCUAUAUGAACUAUGUGAAGCUGUGGGUGCUGAACAUACCAAGUUGGAGUUGGUUCCAGCAUAUGUCAGGCUACUUCGAGAUAACGAGGCUGAAGUACGUAUUGCAGCUGCUGGAAAGGUCACCAAGUUCUCUAGGAUUCUUAACGCCGAACUUGCACUUCAGCAUAUUCUUCCAUGUGUGAAGGAAUUAUCAUCAGAUUCUUCUCAGCAUGUUAGGUCUGCUCUGGCCUCUGUUAUAAUGGGCAUGGCCCCAGUUUUAGGAAAAGAUGCAACAAUUGAACAACUCCUUCCUAUAUUUCUUUCGCUUUUAAAGGAUGAGUUCCCUGAUGUACGCCUCAAUAUUAUCAGUAAGCUAGAUCAAGUGAAUCAGGUUAUUGGAAUCGAUCUUUUGUCUCAAUCUUUACUACCAGCAAUUGUUGAACUUGCGGAAGACAGGCAUUGGAGAGUUCGACUGGCUAUAAUAGAAUACAUACCACUAUUGGCUAGUCAAUUAGGUGUAGGAUUUUUUGAUGAUAAGCUUGGUGCUCUCUGCAUGAAAUGGUUACAGGACAAGGUUUAUUCCAUUAGAGAUGCUGCUGCUAACAACUUAAAGCGACUUGCUGAGGAAUUUGGUCCGGAUUGGGCAAUGCAGCACAUUGUUCCACAGGUCUUAGAUAUGAUUACCAACCCGCAUUACUUAUAUCGUAUGACUGUUCUUCGUGCUAUUUCUCUACUUGCCCCUGUUAUGGGGUCAGAAAUCACUUGUUCUAAAUUGCUUCCCGUGGUUGUUACCGUCUCCAAAGACAGAGUGCCGAAUAUCAAAUUCAAUGUAGCAAAGGUCUUGCAAUCCCUAAUUCCCAUUGUUGACCAUUCUGUCGUUGAGAAAACCAUUCGGCCAUGUUUAGUUGAGUUGUCUGAGGACCCAGACGUUGAUGUCCGUUAUUUUGCAAACCAAGCACUUCAAGCAAUCGAUCAUGACAUGAUGUCGAGCUAGAGAAAGUUAACGUUGAAUUCGCCUGAUUUUUUGUUCAGAUUGACCUACAAAGGUGCUUUUAGCUUUACAGUUGUUAUUUGAUUCACCUCUGUUCCGAUUAUUAACCAUCUUUAGUUGUAAUUAUCUAUUUCAUUUUGUGGGUCUUUCUUCGAUAAACAAAUACCAUACCCACACAAAAACAUGGUAAUAACGUAUAUUUAGAUCGUCAUGAAUGUAUGAAAA